AGGUGCCAGAAGGGAGUCUCAAAAGCCAGUGGAAGGGAGAUAUUACUGCCAAUGAUAACAAGGAAAAAAACUGGCAAAGCUCCGUAUCUAUUAUCAACAACUAAAGAUAUCAAUGCUGCUAAAGGAGAUGACAUAGUAUUAAAAUUAUGCGUGGGUGGAGAGCCACGCCCAGAUGUAACCUGGUUCUUUAACAAUCAGAUUAUUGGAGAUGACGAGCACUAUGAAAUGAGCGAAGAAGACAACACGCUUUUAAUACACGACAUACUUCCUAUGCAUGCAGGUGUGUAUAACUACACAGCAUCGAAUCUACUGAAAUCCAUCAGUGGACAAAUACGAGUGUUUAUUGAAAAGGGGAGGGUGGAGGAGGAGGAGGAAGAUGGGAUAAUGGAGGCGGAGUCUGAUAUGACUGACCACACCCCCAAGAUAGUGUUUGAGGGUAAUUAUGUUAAAUUAAGUGAGUUCGCUGAUCACAUUGAGCUGCUGAAUAAGAGUAAUGGAGGGAAAGGAUUUAAAUCUGAAUUUCAGCGAUUGCAAAAUUUUGGUCAUCUUUUCUCAACUGAAGUAGCUAAUUGUUCCGAAAAUAAGAAAAGAAAUCGAUUUAAGACAAUAUUACCAUAUGAUAAUAAUUUACUUACUUUACGUCCAAUAAGCUCAAGGGGGGACUGUAGUCACAGUUAUAUCAAUGCUUCUUAUAUUGAUGGAUACAAAAAGAAACAUCAAUUUAUUGCAACACAAGGUCCUUUACCACAAACACUGGUUGAUUUUUGGCGGUUAAUCUGGCAGGAAGACAUCUGCUGCAUAUUGAUGAUGCUAAGCAUCACUAGUGAUGGAGGGAUAGUGAGGUGUCAGCAGUAUUGGCCUGAUGCCAUUGGAGUAGCAGCUUUCUAUGGACCUUUUAAAAUCAUAGUUGAAGGAAUUAAUGAUAAUAAAGUAUCAGAAGAAAGAAUAAUCAAAUUAUCAAUGACAAGCAGCAGCUCAUCAGAUAAUUCUCAUAAAACUAUUCAUCAUUACUUAUUCAAAUGUUGGCCGGACCACGGAGUCCCAGCCACGCCUACUUCCACCCACUCAUUUUACGAGCAAAUCAAAAUGUGGUUAGACCUACCACCGCCAGUUUUAAUACACUGCAGUGGAGGCAUAGGUGUCACUGGUAUGUUGAUAUCAAUAAUGAUUGGGAUUGAACAAGGACUGAGUACAGGAGGAGUUGAUGUGAUGGCCAUUGUCAAUAAAAUGAGAUCUCAAAGAAUGAAUAUGAUACAGACUGAAGAGCAGUACCAGUUUGUGCAUUAUGUGUUGCUUGAAGCCUUUUACACAAUUGGAAAAGAGUCCAUUACUCCAAGCAACCUUCAGUUGAUUGUUAAAAGACUUGGAAAGCACGACGAGAUACUCAACAUGAACAGAUAUGAAGCUCAUUAUAAAGCGUUGCAAGUAUUAACAGUAAAACCUAAUUCAGUAUUGAGGAACUUUGGUUUGUCGAACUUACCUCUUGUAAGAUCUGAUCUCUAUCUACCGCCUGAUGAGUAUAGAGUUGUCUUGAAUAAGAAAACUGAAGACUUUAUUCAUGCAUCAUACAUCAAUGGUUAUCAAGAAGCAAGGUCAUUCAUAGUCGCAGAAUCACCCACAAAACUGACUGCUGCCAAUUUCUGGUCAAUGAUAGUGAAAAAUAAAUGUUCAGUCAUUGUAAUGCUUUGUGACAUUGUGGAAAUGGAAGUGGACACAUGCUACCAAUAUUGGCCAGCAACAUAUGACAGUGAGAGACAUUUUGAUUUCUAUCGCAUAAAGCACCACGAGAUGAACAUCGAUAAUUAUUAUACUCAAACUAUACUAAGAGUCCUUGAUACACAGGCUGGUGAGGAGCAGACUAUCAUUCUCAUCCAGUUACCUCUUAGUAAUAUAGUCAGUGAUGAACUCUCACAUACAGAGAGGGUUGGGAUAUUAUCAGCCAUUCAAGAAAUUGAAAAAAUACAAAGAAAAACAGGAAAUAAUCCAAUAUUGGUACACUGCAGUGAUACAGUAUCAAGGAGUGGCGUCUUCUGUGUGCUAUAUACUUCAAUACAGCAAAUGAAAAUAGAACAGCAAGUUAAUAUUUAUGAGAUAUUGUAUAAUAUGAGGACUUGCAAGCCAGGAUUAAUAACUACGCCGGUGCAAUAUAAGAUGGUUUAUUUGUUACUGAUGCGUUAUGUUGAAGAGUUUGAAGCUUAUGGAAACUUUGAGGGUCAGAAAAAGGACACAGAAAGUAUUUAUAAUGAUUGAAAAAAAACAAAGACAGUACUGAAAUUAUAAUGUUUAUAUAAUUAUUAUUAAUAAAAUUAACUAUAGUUUAUUUUGAUUGCUUGAUUGGUUGUGUCUUGUGUGUGACUAUUAUUAAUUUUCAAUAAUAAAAAAAUUAAAUUAAUGAAACGAUUGAAAUGAAUCCCAUAAAGAGAACAGCAACAAUGAACAAA